AUGGCACACAACUCAGUCCACCCUCAUGUGAGCAAGAGCUCAGAGAGUGAUGCAUACUGGAUUGCAUACUACUAUCCUCUGUUGAUCAUGCUCUUCAGCGUCCUCUGUCAGUCGGGGAUACACGAGCUAAUCAAGAAUCUCUCGCAAGCCCCAGCAUCGGCAUCCACGCCAAGUCAACUCGACGCCUCCAAAGCCUCGGAUUUGCCUGCGAAAAUUCCCUCGGUGUGCUCCCAGCCGUACAGUGCGGUUACUACGGAGCGUGCGGACGAGGAACCAGGCCUACGGUCGACUUCCAAUGAGCAGAGCACUGGAAAGUUCGAAAGUUCUCCACCGUCAAAUGCUGAUGCAAGCCCUCAUCAAAACGCUCUCGUCGAUGAGGGCUCAACAACGGCCCUAGAUCGGCAAAUCGCCAUCGCUUCGGUAUGGCAACUCCUCCAAAUCUGCCUGAUCCAUCGUAUGGGGGCGCUGGCGGUGAGGUUCAUCCACGAAACGGGUGCCCUCAAAGGCUUGGCGGUGGUAAUGCUUGGGGUCUGCACGUUCUUCGUUGGUUUGUCUCUCGCUCGAUUGGACCAGGGCUGGGAUGCUGUCCACGGGCUCCGUGAUACUGGAAGAGAAGAAUCGUCAAAGGGAAAGGCCCCUUGGUUCAAAAUGUUGGGAAAUGUUGCGUUGUACUCAUUGUUGAUACCGUGGUAUAGACUCGUCCGGGCCUGA